CUCGCCCGCCCCCUUCUCUGUCAAACGCUGAGGGGGUGCGGAGCGGGCACGCGAGCGAGGGGCGGGCACACGCCGCUGGAAUCCUCGGGGGGCGACCCAGCGCGCCCGCGCCAGAGUCCGCGGCGGCGGCGGCCGGACGGGAGUCCCGGGCGGACGCCGGAGGGAGCGGGCGAGCAGGUGGCCAGGCCGGGAGGAUCCCGAUCGCCUUCCCCCUCCGAUCUCGGCGGUCUCCGGCUGCGGUCCACGCUGGGAUAGGCGGAGGUUGAUUAGGCAUUUGACCUUCAGCCAAAUCUACUAGUUCCAGAAAUAUGUGGAAUAUGGUUGUAAGUUUUGCUCUGUGUAGUAAAGAUUCAAACAACAUGGCUUCUCAAAGUUGAAAAACACUGCAUAAAAAGACGGUAGCAAUGUUUCUGGGUUAUAUCAAAGACCCACAUCUUCGUACUGUACAACAUGUGGAUAACAGAGAACUUUAAAUAAUAUAACCAUCAUGUGAAGUAGGGGGACCUUGUCGGAUCUGCCUGAUCCAAAACAGUAAGAGGUUGCAGGUUUUCCUGCAGAAAUUUGCAAACAUAGACUUUUGAUAACAUUAAGAGAAGAUCACUAACAAAAUGCCUCCACGACCUUCGUCCGGUGAAUUGUGGGGCAUCCACUUGAUGCCACCAAGAAUCCUAGUAGAGUGUCUUCUACCUAAUGGUAUGAUAGUGACUUUAGAAUGCCUCCGUGAGGCCACCCUGUUAAAUAUCAAACAUGAACUCUUUAAAGAAGCUAGAAAAUACCCUCUCUAUCAGCUCCUUCAAGAUGAGUCAUCUUACAUUUUCGUAAGUGUUACACAAGAAGCAGAAAAAGAAGAAUUUUUUGAUGAAACACGGCGACUAUGUGACUUGCGACUCUUCCAGCCUUUUUUAAAAGUGAUUGAACCAGAAGGAAACAGAGAUGAGAAAAUCCUGAAUCGAGAAAUUGGUUUUGCUAUUGGCAUGCCUGUCUGCGAAUUUGACUUGGUUAAAGAUCCAGAAGUUCAGGACUUCAGAAGAAAUAUCCUUAAUGUUUGUAAAGAAGCAGUAGAACUGCGAGAUGUUAAUGCACCCCAUAGUAGAGCAUUGUAUGUGUGUCCCCCAAACAUAGAAUCUUCAUCUGAGUUGCCCAAGCAUAUAUACAAUAAACUUGACAAAGGACAAAUAAUAGUGGUGAUAUGGGUUAUAGUUUCCCCUAAUAAUGACAAGCAGAAGUACACCUUAAAAAUCAAUCAUGAUUAUGUGCCAGAGCAAGUAAUUGCUGAAGCAAUCAGGAAAAAAACACGAAGUAUGUUGCUGUCAUCAGAACAACUAAAACUCUGUGUGUUAGAGUACCAGGGGAAGUAUAUAUUAAAAGUAUGUGGUUGUGAUGAAUACUUGCUAGAAAAACAUCCCCUGAGUCAGUAUAAGUACAUCCGGAGCUGUAUCAUGCUUGGUCGAAUGCCCAAUUUGAUGCUGAUGGCUAAGGAAAGUCUUUACGCGCAGCUGCCAAAGGAUACCUUUGCAAUGCCAUCUUAUUCUAGGCGUAUCUCCACAGCAACACCAUAUAUGAAUGGAGAGGCUUCUGCCAAAUCCCUCUGGGUUAUUAACAGCCAUCUCAGAAUAAAGAUUCUCUGUGCUACCUAUGUAAAUGUAAAUAUUCGAGACAUUGACAAGAUCUAUGUCCGAACUGGUAUCUACCAUGGUGGAGAGCAAUUGUGUGAUAAUGUGAAUACUCAGAGGGUGCCUUGCUCCAAUCCGAGAUGGAAUGAAUGGCUGCAGUAUGAGAUGCACGUUCUUGAUCUUCCACGUGCUGCUCGACUUUGCCUCUCUAUUUGCUCCGUUAAAGGCCGGAAAGGUGCAAAGGAGGAGCACUGUCCAUUGGCGUGGGGGAAUAUUAAUAUGUUUGAUUAUACAGACACUCUUGUUUCUGGCAAAAUGGCUCUGAAUCUGUGGCCUGUACCUCAUGGGUUGGAAGACCUCUUAAAUCCCAUUGGAGUCACUGGAUCAAAUCCAAAUAAGGAAACUCCAUGUUUGGAGCUGGAAUUUGAUUGCUUUAGCAGUCCUGUGAAAUUUCCUGACAUGUCAGUAAUUGAAGAGUAUGCCAACCGGACUACGCCUAGAGAUCAGGGAUUUAACUACAGUCACGCAGGGCUGAGUAAUAGACUAACUAGAGAUAAUGAAUUAAGAGAGAGUGACAGAGAGCAGCUCCGUGCAAUCUGCACUCGUGAUCCCCUGUCUGAAAUAACUGAGCAAGAAAAGGACUUCCUUUGGAGCCACAGGCAGCGCUGUCGAAAUAUACCAGAAAUCCUACCUAAGCUGCUAUUAGCUGUGAAAUGGAACUCUAGAGAUGAAGUUGCCCAGAUGUACUGUUUGAUAAAAGAAUGGCCUUACAUCAAGCACGAACAGGCAAUGGAGCUUUUAGACUGCAACUAUCCAGAUCCAAUGGUGCGAGCAUUUGCAAUUAGGUGUUUGGAAGAAGACUUGACAGAUGACCAACUGUCCCAGUAUUUGAUUCAGCUGGUACAGGUUCUGAAAUAUGAGCAGUACUUGGAUAAUCAGUUGGUGAGAUUUUUACUCAAGAAGGCACUGACCAAUCAGAGGAUAGGACACUUCUUCUUUUGGCAUCUGAAAUCUGAAAUGCACAAUAAAAAUGUUAGCCAGAGAUUUGGUCUGCUUUUGGAGUCCUAUUGUCGAGCAUGUGGGAUGUACCUAAAACAUCUGAGCAGGCAAGUGGAAGCUAUGGAAAAACUGAUUAACCUCACAGACAUCCUUAAGCAGGAGAAAAAAGAUGAAACACAAAAGGUACAGAUGAAGUUCCUCGUGGAGCAGAUGAGGAGGCCAGACUUCAUGGAUGCAUUGCAGGGCUUCAUAUCUCCUCUCAAUCCUGCUCAUCAGCUUGGAACCCUUAGGCUUGAGGAGUGCAGGAUUAUGUCAUCAGCUAAAAGGCCAUUAUGGCUUAAUUGGGAAAACCCUGAUAUUAUGUCUGAGCUGCUGUUCCAGAACAAUGAGAUCAUCUUUAAAAAUGGGGAUGAUUUGCGCCAGGAUAUGCUCACACUUCAAAUAAUUCGAAUUAUGGAGAACAUCUGGCAAAUUCAAGGCCUUGAUCUUAGGAUGUUGCCUUAUGGCUGUUUAUCUAUCGGUGACUGUGUGGGGCUCAUUGAGGUGGUGAGAAAUUCACACACAAUCAUGCAGAUCCAGUGCAAAGGUGGCCUUAAAGGUGCGCUGCAGUUCAACAGCCAUACAUUACAUCAGUGGCUCAAAGACAAGAACAAGGGGGAAAUGUAUGAUCCAGCUAUUGAUUUGUUUACACGCUCUUGUGCUGGCUAUUGCGUAGCAACUUUCAUAUUGGGAAUUGGAGAUCGUCAUAAUAGCAAUAUCAUGGUGAAAGAUGAUGGGCAGCUGUUUCACAUUGAUUUUGGGCACUUCUUGGAUCACAAAAAGAAGAAAUUUGGCUACAAACGAGAGCGAGUGCCAUUUGUCUUGACACAAGAUUUCUUGAUAGUAAUUAGUAAAGGAGCUCAAGAAUGUACUAAAACGAGGGAAUUUGAAAGGUUCCAAGAAAUGUGUUACAAGGCUUACCUAGCAAUUCGACAGCAUGCCAAUCUUUUCAUAAACCUCUUCUCCAUGAUGCUUGGUUCUGGGAUGCCAGAGCUACAGUCCUUUGAUGACAUUGCAUAUAUCCGCAAGACUCUUGCACUGGACAAAACUGAGCAGGAAGCACUUGAGUAUUUCAUGAAACAGAUGAAUGAUGCGCAUCAUGGGGGAUGGACAACAAAAAUGGACUGGAUCUUCCACACAAUCAAGCAGCAUGCCUUGAACUGAGAGAAAAGUGAAGAUGGUGAAAAACUGAUAGCCCAUUUGUGGGUGUUCAACUGCACUGUUGACUGUCAGCAGUAAGGAAUUUGUGGCAUCAUAAUUGCACAAACCAAAAACAGCAUUUGAACUUGCAGCAAGAUAAAACACUAUUUAAAUACAUAAAACAGGGUUUUGGAACACUACAAACUGCAUUUCAAAAUUAAUUUUCCUAUCUGUACAGUCAUGUUAUGCCUUAAGUCCAGAAGCAUAAACUUUGGAGGUUUGUUUAUCUUAGUUUGUUUAAUUAGGAAAUCUGUGCCAGCAUUGAACUCAGCCUUUCACACAGUCCAGUUGGCCUGGUGAAAACUGGGUGCAUGUGAAUAGCAAAAGAUUGAGCAGGAGGACAGCUUAGCAAUAUUGUUAAUUGCCCCUGGGAGGUUUUCUCUCGGAUGAACUUGAUGCAGUAGGUUAUAGGAGAAGGUGCCUUUAUAACAUCAGAUAAUUGAUGGAAAUAUGAAUAGCAAUCUUUCUCAAUUUUUGACUGACCAUCAAGUUCAAACAAGUCAUUAGGAAUAUAGCUUAGGAAUCUGCUGGACAGUAUUAGUAGGGUUAAAAUGUACCUCCCCCACACCUCAAAAGUCUGGCUAAUGGGGAGGAUUGGGUUUAGUGCAGCACUAUGUUUUUCUAACCGAAACCUCAAAGCAAUUUUUCAUGCAUGCUUUCCAGAGCCUAGAAGGUGAGUUAUUAGAAUUAAAGAUUAUUUUUAUAAAGGUUAUUUAUAUAACAGAAACUAUUAAUAUAUAAUAUUUCUUCGCAUUGAUUUGUCCAAUUUUCUGUCAUGUUAAUACUGCAGACCACUUCUCUGUUUAACAGCCUGUUUGUGUAAGCCACUAGGUUGAUGUAGUGACCUGUAGGGUUAGGUUUAAAGGUCCCUGUACAGUUUAGGGUAUGGCUUGUCUGUGUGUGCUGAGACCUGACUCUAGAGCCAAUGCAGAUACAGGUGCAGCUGCCCCAAAGGUCCUGUGUGGCACAGUGUCCCUACAUCAAGAGGCUUGCUUGGCUCUGACAGGGAUCAAUCAACUUCCAAGGUCAAGUUGGGCAGAGCUGUAUAAAUGAGCCCCGCUUUCAUGUUUAGGACACUUAACUGUAGCAGCGUGAACUUCUGCUCCUGCAGUGGUCCUCUAGGAUUAAGCUGCUGUCCGCAGUCCUAAUUAAUUUGCUCAAAAGGGGGUUGAACUGAAAUCAGUGCGAUGUGCUUCCACAUAAACAUGCUUUAUGAUCAGCACAUCCAACUGCAUAAUCUAUAACAAGGGUUCUCAAACUCUUGUUGAUAGUGAGCUUAACUCAAACAGCAAACACUAACUGAACUUCACAUGCUAAGAAAAAGCAAAGAUGGACUUGGCAGGCAGAUAAAGGGAAACACAAAGACUUUUGACUGACUUUCUGUUCUUCCAGUGAGGAACACCAGGAAGUUACAGCUUUCUUGUAAAACAAAGGGAGCUCUUUGAUUGGGUUUCAGUACUGCUGAAUAACACGAAGUUGGGAUUGGAAAAUGAGAAGGGGAGUGCCUGAGUCCUCCACUUCCUGACCCACUGGUGGCACAUACAAACCACAGCAGUUGUUGCUGGAGCUUGUGCUUCCAUUGGUAACUGCUUGUAUCUCCAUAGGAUGAUUUACCUGUGGAGCUAUAAGUGUUAUGUUAAAUUGUAAUAAAUAUUUCCAUUUCCAAAAGUGUAUUAUAGUGGAAUGAUGACCUUUAGGACUUCCUCUAGAAGAAUCUCAGGCAAUUUUCCCUAAAUGACAUUCUGGGUGUCCUGUUCAUCUUUGACUGCUACCCACUUCUGUUUUGGUCCUCUUUAUUGGAGUGUUACAGAGCAAUAGCUUAGUAACAGUAACCAAUGAAUAAGAAGGUAUGUUUUCAGUAUGAUCACUAAAUAGUCCUUUGCACUGCAAAAUGCACAAUAAUUCCUAGCAUGCAGAGCUAACCAAUCAAUAUUUUAUAGCUCUGUGUGUGUGUGUGUGCGUGUGCGCGUGUGCGUGUCCACAUGCACACACACACACGUAUCCAUGUAUCUUUAUCCUCAACAUGUUACUGGCACGUAGCAGAACUGCUAGUGGAACUUAGUCCAAAACAAAGCUUUUAUUACACCCUAUUUUUUUGAGCCCAGGAUAGAUAAGAUGCCAUUUCUUCCACAUUAAUGUUGGCUUACUUGGCUCAGUGGAUUUGAAAAUGUUCCAGGAAUCUGGAUGAUUGAGUGCACUUGCUUUUUUUUUCUGUCCCUCAAAUCCUAGGUAUUACUGUUGAGUGCAAUACCAAUUUGAAUAUAAUUUGUUGACACUAGGUAUUAGAGGGUAACACUAUAAAUAAAUUUGUAUAGACUGUAAAUGGGUGAGAGGCUGCAUUUCUUGAGCAGGCUACAUUUUGAGUAUACAGUCUGUUAUUGCAUAAUUUAAAUUUAUUUUCAUGGAUACAAAAUAGCUGUUGCAUAGGUAAAAUGACUUAACCUCAAACAGCUGAGGUGAAAAUAACCAAAUACUAGUACCGGUGUAAUUACUGGCAUAUGGAUUUGUAGAGUGGAACCCUAAGGCAAAAGUGGUAAAAAUACUUCUUUGGUCAUUUUGGAGCAGUUCUUUGGCAUUUAGAUCCCUUUCUUGAGAUUUAUAUAUCUUUGCUCUGCAUUUGUGGCCUGAACCCAAAGAAUGGGUGGCACAGGCUCUAUGCCUUUCAUUUGCAUUUCCCAAAAAUCAUUCUUGUAUGCUGCAUGGUGAAGCAAGUUUAAAACUAAGCAGAUGUUGAAAAGUGAUUUUUAAUAUGCAUUGUCAAAGUUAAGGUGGAAAGUGAAGUUCUUCCUAUGCAUGCUGGCUAUAAGGCUGCCAUUAGCAGACUUGUGCAAGCUCUAAGAUGCUGUUCACUACUAAAAUGAGAUACCUUAAAAGGAUCUUGCUGUUAUUAGCCAUGGUAAAACUAAUGUCCGGACACAUUUUUAUAUGAAUCUGUUUUAUGCCAAGUCAGAUCAUUAGUUCAUCUACCUCUAUAUUGUCUAUACAGGGACCCAGCCCUAUUUGGAUACUCCAGGGAUUGUCCAGUACCUUUGACAUACAACUUAGGUGCUCUGUCACUGACCUAUACCCCUUCCUGAUUAGAACCCAUCUUGAACUAAUCCUGAAAUUCUAAUUCUUUUACCACUGAAAUUACCAGUGGCUUUAGGAAGUAAUACUUAAGUUGUUCCAGUUCUCCCAUGCUUAAAAUGUCAGUGCGAAAUCUUGAAUGGCCUGUGAUCUCCUUUCUGACCAGUGUGCAUUCUGUUAGGAAGGGCAGAUGAAGAAAAGGUUCCACAUUUCAAAGCUAUGAAAUUUUAAACUGAAAAAGUGCAUAAUGUCUGCUGAAGACUGAAAACUAUUUCAAGACUUGUCAGAAAUGACAACUAUGUAGUUCUUUGAUCUGAGGUGAUGGGAAACACAAGUGCUUAGAAUGAGUAUAUGGCAAAGUGCUGCUCAGUUGUUAAAACUUAAGAUCCCAUUGACAUUUCUGAGAUAGUUCCCAGGUAUGCAGACAGAUUUAGUGGCACAGAUAUUCAAGAUCACUGACUCAGUAAGCAGAAAGACAAAUACGUGUGCUUUAAAUCCCUUGUCAACAAGUAGCCUUUCUGGAGGCCUAUUCCAAGAAGUGAGGGUCCUUGAAUGUUGUUUGUCACUCCUUCACAGCCCCAAACUAGUAUUGGGAAUCCCAUUACCAGAUCCCCCCUUCCAUUAACAUGACUUGCCAGCAAGUUCUGUAGCCAUGGAUAUCAAUGUUGACACAUCUCAGCUCUGGAAUGUCAACUAGACAGACAGUUGGUAUAUAAAGCUCAAGUACUUUCUGGUAAAUUGGUGAAAAUUGGAUAAAAAUGCAUCAUUUGGGAAAGGAUCAUGUUAGGCUUAUUUUUAAUGUGAAAUUCUUUAUAGUAUGAAAACUUUACUGUUGCUAAUGCUUGCUUUUUAUACCUUAGGAUAUGCACUUUCAGUUUCUGAGCGCUCUAUUUUCUCCUGUUUAAAGACUAUGCAGGGUGCAGACCUGGGUGGGACUCCUCCAAGGGUAAAAAAACAAGGAAUAAAACUACUGUUUUGAUAAAAAUCAAUGUAAGAAACUUUAAAGGAUAGAAUCAUAAGAGGUUAUUGUUCUGCUUUUAAUGUCUUUUCAAAUUUCCCAGUGCUAGAUUUACAUUCAAAAGAUAAAGAAUCACACGGUAAAGAAAAAUCAGAAAUUGUUUGUUCUCUCCUGUUGAAAAAUUACUGAAUUGGACCAGCCAAUUUUAAUACAUGGCAAGUCCAAAUCAAGUAAAACACUACUUCAGAUUGCCCCUAUUAGGUAUGAUCCUCAUUUCUGCUUCGCUUAUUUCACAAAUGAGUGGAUGGAAACGGGAAGCAAAUGUUAGAAAACAGGCAAUGAUGUUAAAUUUACUAAAAUAAUCUGAAUCUUGCCAUUGUUCAACAACAAUUUUUUGGAAAACUAUAGGAGCACAUCCAUGGCUCAUCAUACCACAAGACAUACUUGACCACUUGGUCAAGGCAGAUGGCAAGGAGGCUGCUCACCAGCAUAGAUCAACUCUCAAUUUAUAUGUUUAAAUUCCAAGGCAGUUAUAACUACACUCAGUAUAAAAAAAAACAAUCUGUGAAAAGAAAAUUACUAAUACAAUCUUAAAAGGACCAGGAUAUUUGAAGGACCAGUGCCUCCUACUUGAAUUUCUCUGUUGAUUUCAGCCAUCUUCAGAGAUCCUACUCUGCAUUCCUGCCAAGAGGGAGACAGUUAAAAGGGAUGUGGAGCAGAGUCUUUUUGAUGGAGGCACCCCGACUUUAGAAUUCACUCCUGGGAGGUUGUAUAAUCCCUUCUCUGAUGUCUUUUAGGCACAGUCAGAACAGCUAUUUUGCCAAGCUUUUAGUGUAGCUUAAUCUUUACUUUUGUGGAUUGUUCUGUUGUUUUACCCUGGCUUGUUUUUAAUGCUCCCAGCUUUUUAAAAUUUGAUUAUAUAACUUUCAUUGUGGUAAGUGUACAAAUGUUUUUAUGAAGAGCAAACAAUAGCAAAAAUUACCUUGGCUGUCUUUUGAAAUCUGAAAAAGGUAUUUCAAGAAGGCAAAUGACCUCUGGAGCAGGACUGUUUUGCCCGUUUUCACGUAUACAAAGCAUUAUGAGGUACAUUUCUUGUGGGGCAGGGAUUCCAUAACUAGGUUUGAAUUCCACUGCCUAAACACCCUACAUCUUGUGGCCACCUGAUGAAGCACUCCAUGGUAGGGAAACUCGCAGAAUGAAUUCCUUGAAUGAACCUAAUGAAUGGGGAGGUAAGCAGGCAAAUGUAUACCUUCAGGUAACAAUGUAGCACAACUUUUAGGGUUUUAAAUAUGCAAUUCCUGCAAGUUUGGACAGAAAAUGGUUCUUUUCUCUGCCUAAAGGUACAUAGGAUUAUGCCUUUAAAAGAUUUAAAGCCAGGACCUUGAACUGUAACUGGAAACCAACUAGUAGGCAGUGCAGGUCUUCUAAUAGGCAUCCACAUUAGUUCAGAGGGGCAUUGGCGAACUUUGUUCACUUACUUUUCUAGGAGGCAUCCACAUAAUGUCAUCGUUUAAUCAUCUUCAUCCUGGAAUGUUCCUGUGGCUAUUUCUCCUUUUUAAUUCGGAAAAUUGAUGUUAAUUUUUGCAUGCAUAGAUGUCUUUAGCAUUACUAAUCAGUUUAUCUGAAAGGGUGAUAAACUGAGCAAUCUAUUAAUGAAGCUAUCUCAACUCAUGUUUAUUAUAAUCCUUGUGGUGAGUAUUUUAAGCCCCAUAUUUGUUUUUUUUAUCAAUCCUUUAAUUAUUACUAAAUUGUUUUCCUACUAGAUUUGUUUUCAAUGAAAGCAAGAGACAUAGCUGUAAUACCUUAAUGCUAAGCUGUUUUUAUGAUGGUUUUAUACUGCUAUUAAACAACAAUACAGUAUUGCCAAUUUUAAAACAGGAUUUUAAAAACUUUCCAGUCUCUGCAAGCUUGGCAAUGUUCAGAAAAGCGGGGGCAGAAUAUUAAACAUUAACAUUAUAGCAUUAUGUUUUAAUGCCCUACUUCUUAAUGUUUUAAAAACACAGCCUAAAAAGUAUUUUACAGAACUAAAAGUCCCAGAGUCAAUCUUUGCAGUGGGUGCUAUUUUAUAAUGAAUGGCUACUGAACUUCCAAUGACUCCAUCUGUGAUUAUUAAGUCCAACUUCUAAUGUGAACUAAACAAUGCAUAGAUAAAGUGCAAUGCACUUUAGAAAGAAAAUUGCAGUGCUUGUAGUUUACAAUGAAAGAACCCUGACCAAGUUACAUUAGAAACCAAGCAUCUGAGACGAGCCAUAAAAAUUGGAUGACUUUACCUUACAAAUUUUGAGGUGACAGUAUAUGUCCUAGAAUCAGGUUAAGUGUUGCAGUAAAGAUAGUUCAUGGUGGAGUGGGGUUUAGUUCCUGGAUCUCCUUGAGUCCUAAUCCAGCACUCUUUAACCAUUGUACCAUACCACCUUACCUAGAUUCUGUCAACACCCCUAUUUAUGAAUAUCUAAAAACAAGAUUUGUGUGCAAACUAUCUGUAAGUAGUGAUAUCAGAGAAAUCCACAACUCAUUCAGAUGACGUUGGUAUUCUAUUAAUUUGACCCAUGGAUCCUUCAGGUAACCAGCAUCUUCCAAGUUGCAUGGAUUCUGCAGUCCUGCAGUCUAUUUCUUUUUGCUUUUCAGAACUGUAUGCAAAUUUAGGCAUUCAAAAGUUAUUGGGAAAUAGGUGAAUAUAUAUUUUUAACAUUCCCUUUCCCAAAGUUGUAUACAGCUCAAUAUUUCUUUGGCCUUUGCUGUGUAGCAUAAGAAAAAUAUGCAAAAUAUUUUGUAGCAGCAAAAGUUACAUAAAUUAUGGUACUUGUUUUUAUAUACUUUUCCAAAGGUGGAAAAUUCCAAUUUCAUCAAUGAGUGGACACCUGAACAGAAGACAGCUGACAAUCCAGAAAACACACAGAGAACAGAUUAGGCAAAAUCUCAAUUCGUAACUUUAUUUUUUGUUAAACAGUUGAAAAGUCUUACAGCACAGUAAGAGCAAUUUAUUCUGUUGUAAUUGUUUAUGGACUGAAACUUUCUAUGUCAGUUGAGCUACACACUGUACUAUAAUUUAAAUCUUACUGCAGUUUAAAAACUUUGGAAAACCAUUUUUUUAAAUAAACCCUAUCACUUAGGAGUUUACAAUUGAAGACUCAUAGUUCAAAACAUAAUGCCCAAAUUGUGGAGAAAACAAUAAGGCCAGUUUUUAGGAUUAUUGGAUCAUAAAGCAGUGAAUUAGAAGGCUUCUGGGGCCAAAAAUAUUGAGGAUUACUGUUGUAAGAUGCCCCUUCAUAUUCAGACCAGCAAGUGUCCCCUGGAAUGUUUUAAAAAGUUAAAAACAAUAUUCAUGCCAGUGCUUCCAGACAAAAAGCUCCUAGUGCUCCAACUUUUCUGCUUAACAGAUUUUCUAUAGCAAGAAAAAAAAUGUCGGAAAACUCAGCGGAAAAUUCAUUUGGAUCCCAUGUAAAAUAUUAUGAAUGAAGCAGAGCAAGGGCACAAUAAACUUUGCAAUCACCAUUAUUCUCAAACUGAUAAUCAUGAAAUAAGUAACUUGAGAUAGUGGGAGAAAAUAUUAGAAAAACAUUUCCAUCUCCAUCUGAAGUAAAGAACACAGGUAAAGUGAGCAGAAGCUCAUGUUAAAUGUUUACAUAGGAAUUGAGCAUAUUCCUUACUGGCAAAUAUAAAUGCAGGAGCUGUUCUGAGGUAGAAUCCAAAGAGAGCAGAAUCUAAUGUGCUUUUUAUGCUCCUAACACCAAUUUCCAUCUGUAAGUGGUGGCACACAAAGUGACUGAAACACUCAUUUUUGGAACAGGGUUGGUCGGGACACAAAGGAGAUGUGUCCAACCUAUUCAAACCACAGACAAGUGUUUCCACUCAUUUUGGGACUUCUACUGGGAAAUGUCAAAUCCCAAUUGCACAAGUGGUAGGCCUUGCUUGUGCAAUGGAAUAAUUGGUACCCUUUGCUUGCAUAACAAAAUCUGUGGGGUGCAUAAGGGAAUUGGCAGGGGCAUAAGCACCCCAUUGGGUUCUGUCCAGAGUUUGGGAAUUCAGCAUAUUAUCUAGUUAAUAAAUAAAAAAAGGCUGUUAAUUAAAUCUUUUAAGUUGUCUUUGUUUUUAGUUCCAAGUUAGCAAACUGUCAGAACAUCCUAAAUUAAAUCCUGAAGAAAUUCUGUGGAAUAUCUUAAUUUCAAAAUUUGAGUAGAUCAGAAUGCUGAAAUGUAUUUCCAGUACUCCCUGCAAAAGCUGUUUCUUUAAAAUGAAACAGUAAUAAAGUAUUAAAACAUGUCACUGUUUCAGUGACAUAUGCAUCUUUUGGGUUUGUACAAAGAACCACACAUUUAAAAAUUCUUAAAAGUUAAUCAUGAAGUGCUGUUGAAUCUGGGUUAAUAGCAUCCCUUAAAUUAACAGAAAUGAUAGUUGGUAGUGUAUGUCUUCCAGAUUAUUGUCAAAACAUGUUGCUUCAAACCUGGAAUUUUACGUGCGGUUUAGAUGGCAUUGCCUUUCAUUUAUGCCCCCCUUUGUUAACUCAAGCAUCUUUCUUACCCGCUAAGAUCAAUUAUUUAAGCAAAGAUAGCACUAGGGGCCCUUGAUUGGUAGCACCAACAGCUAUCCAACUAGAAAUACCCUAGUCAACUUUGGAGGAAAAUUUGGGGGGGGGGGGCAGUCAUUUUGAAUGACUGAAUUCAUUAUCUUUAACCAUCAUUUGUUCUAGCAAAGGUGUAUUCAUACAUGGAAGAUCACUGCAAUGAACAGUUUCUCACUCAUUCUUUUCCUAUUUUAAAUGGUUAGUUUAAAUGAUAGUCACCCUAACUUACCAUUUUAAAAAUGCCCAAUUUCAAACAGAUGGAUACGCUGCACAGUGUAUGAAAGCAGCUCUUCCCCUGCUUGACAGUGCACUCCAUUGUUUCCUUGGUUGUGAAUGUGACCUGUCCAAAGUGUUUGUUGCAAUUCACAACAAACACUUUGCGUCUCCUUGUCCUCCUCAUUCUGUGUCCCGUCAGCAGGAUGCAUAGAUUCCUCUAUUCCUUACUGAGCAGGAAAUAAUGCAAUGAUUGACCCUUACCCAUGAAAGUAUUGUCAAAACUGUUUUUUAUGUUAACUAGGUAAUGAUAAAGAUUCUGUUUAUAUUAUAUAUCCUUUUCUACAGAUAAAAUUGUAUGCGUGGAGAUAGCAACAAUUUGAAAAUAGCAAAAUACACGUGUUAGAACUGAUGCUAUAAGUCUGCGGUACAGUGACUUAAUAGGUACACCUGUUCACCCCUUUUGCCACGCUGCUUCAAUGCCAGGCAAAAGUUAGCCUCCUUUGUACCUAUUGUAGUUGAAUUGACCUGUGUGAAUAGUCUUUUUAUCAAAUAUUGCCAUGCUGUAUUACAUACUGCAUAUUUUAAAAAUAUACACUUUUCUGUCUUGAACACCUUGGGAAUAUGAAUGUAUAUAGUUAAACAGUAAACUUUAAUAUGCUUGGUAAAAAUCCCA